AUGGAUGCACGGUGCCAGCGCAAUGCAGCAUUCGACAAUACGGCCCAUCCUGCUGCCUGCUGCCCCGACUGGAUGGCAGCACUGCCUGACGCCUUGCCGCUCUCUCGCCUCUCCAUCCCCGGCACACACGACUCCCUCAGCCUGUUUGGUGGCCGGCGCCUGCGCUGCCAGAGCUGGAGCCUGGAGGCCCAGCUGGCGGCUGGCGUGCGCUUCCUGGACGUGCGCUGCAAGCUGGAACGGGGUGAGCUGCGCGUCUACCAUCUGUGUGCCUUUCAGCGGGUCAGCCUGCGGGGUGUCCUGCGUCGCACCCUGCGCUUCCUCCGCGCCCACCCUGGCGAGGCUGUGUUGAUGCGCAUCAAGGAGGAGCUCCCCUUCUUCCCGCGGACCCGCUUUGCUGCCCGGCUCCAGCGAUGCUUGCUGGAGGAGAGCAGAGGUCGGCUGUGGUGCCGGGAGGAGGUGCCCACGCUGGGCCAGGUGAGAGGCAAGAUCGUGGUGCUGGAGGCACUGGAGCGGGCAGUGCUGGGCAUCCCCUACGAGCGGCUGAGCAUCAGCGAUGCGUGGAACGUACUCUCACUGGAGAGGAAAUGGGCACGAGCACAGCGGCACCUGGAUGCAGCAGCCAGUGGGGACCCUGCCACCAUGCACCUCACCUUCUGCUCCGGCAAUGGGCUCUUCACAUGCCCCGAGGACGUGGCCCGCUUCGUCAACCCUCAGUGCUAUCAGCACCUGCAGCGCUGCUCGGGGCAGCCGGUGUGCUGGGGAGUGGUCAUUUUGGACUUCCCUGGAGCAGGCCUCCUCCAGCUCAUCAUUGAGAGCAACGUCCCAGGAACAAAUGGAGGUGUGCCAGGUGCCCCCAGCACCCUGCAGACACCCCAGCGGCAGCGGGGACGAACGCUGCGGGUGACACCGCUGGGGCCGGUGUCUCCCAUGCUGAGGGCAGCCUCACAUGUCAGCCGACAGACAUCAGUGCAGAAGGAUGCCCGGAGAUCCCACACAGCGCUGAGACACCUCUAUGUGACAUCUGUGUGA